GUUUUUUGUAUUGUUAUUAUUCAGAAAAGCCACCAUGUUGUGGUUUUUGUUCCUUUUCUCAAUUGCAAGUGCUCAAGUGAGAGAUGACAAAGGGUGUCCUGACAAUUGGAUUGAGCACAAAAACUCAUGCUUCCGCUUUGUGUCGAGUCCGAAUUUGAAUGAAACAUACGCCAAGGAAUACUGUGCUUUGCUCUGAUGGAGCCCUGCUGAGGCUCGACACUUAUCGGGAAUUCCGCACAUUUCUGCAAGAAGAAAUCAAGAGAUGGAAUCAAAAGUACGCUUCGAAGCAAACUUGGAGAAUCCCUGGGUUUUUGGAGAAAUCCUCGUAUGGCAACGAGUUUUGCGAGCAGCACUACCAGAUCCCUGUGGUCGAGUACGAUCCGAUCAAUGACUUCUUUCCGGAGAAAUGCGUGUUUAAGCAAAUAGAUGGGAUAGGUUUCAUCUGUGAAUCUGCUCAAGGACAAUGUAAUGCGAGACUGGGUCCACCGAGGGGUCCGGGUUACGGAGUCCCUUUGAUAUACGAUGUCGGCGUCGAUUACAAGCGCAAGAUAUUCUACGAAACCGGGCCCAAGUUUUUGCGAGAACCUGAUCCAUUUGUGUUCGAUUUAACUCAGAAAGAUACCAACUACGUCGCCACGUUGACGUGUUAUGCGGAUGGUUAUCCGGCGCCAACAUACCGUUGGUUCAGGUAUGAGGAUGGAGUAGGAAGUGAAAUCAAGCCUUUGAAUGACGAAUUGAAGCGAAUUACGAUCAGUGGGGGCUCCUUGAUUAUCAACAAUCCGAAUCCGUCGGACGAUCGUGGGAAGUAUUUUUGCGAAGCUACGAACCGAUUUGGUACGAUUCGCUCCCGGGAAGUUCCGAUAUCUUUUGGACACAUCGGAGACUUCAAUUUGCAACGUUCGGAAGAGUAUGGGAAAGAAAACUGGGGGAAGGCUUUGUUCUGCGAUCCCCCUCCGUCCGUUCCUGAAUUGACGUAUCAUUGGGUUCGGAACAAGUUCCCAGAUUUUGUGGAAGAAGACAAAAGAACAUUUGUCUCUUUCGACGGGCAUUUGUACUUCUCGGCAUUGGAGAAGAUCGACGAAGGGAAGUAUUCUUGUAACGUGAAGACGAAUGUGUCGUCGACAGGAAAACACGGGCCUUUCUUCGAUCUCAAAGUUGUCCACGAUCCUAAUUAUCAGCAGCUUCAGUUCCCGAACAAUUUUCCGAAGGCCUUUCCCGAAACCCCGAUCGCCGGACAAGAUGUUCGCCUGGAAUGCAUGUCUUUUGGAUAUCCUGUGCCAUCGUACGAGUGGUCGCGAGAAAAUGGCGGUCGUCUUCCAAAAAAGGCACGAUUGGCAAACUACAACAGAGUUCUCAUCAUUCCGAAUGUGACGCUGGAAGAUGAAGGUAGAUAUGUUUGCAAGGCUGCCAAUUCUCGCGUCAGCAGAGAGGAUUCGGCCAAUUUGAGGAUCCAAGCUGAGCCGCGUUUUAUAAAACCAUUGCAAGAUCAGUACAUGGACGUUGGCGAACGUUUGAUGUGGGUUUGCGAGGCUUUCGGGAAGCCGUCGGUGAAAUACCGUUGGCUGAAAGACGGGGUCUUGUUGAACGAAACCCUGACGUGUGAUGACACGGAUUUAUCGGCGAUUUGCAUAUUCCACAAUGUGCUGAAGAUCAGAAGAGUCGACGAGACUCAUAAAGGAAUGUAUGAAUGCUCUGCGAGGAGUCAGCUGGGAGUAGCGUAUUCGUCGGCCGAAUUGCGAGUGUUGGUGAAUUUGCCUGUGAGUUUCGAAAGGACGCCACUGGACCCAGUGACGAUGGGAGUUGCUGGGGAAAAUUUGAUAAUUCCUUGCGAACCGGAAGGGGCGCCGAGGCCGGAUAUUGCGUGGCAAUCUGUUUCAGGGGACCAACAACCUCCUGAGUUCCAAAUGGGGCUCAUGGCAGGUGCUACUCAGUGCUCUGAUGGGUCGCUGCUUUUUGUUUCCCUUGAACACCGACACGAAGGAUACUAUACUUGUGUGGCCACAUCACGAACCACUGGGCAAAAAGUUCAAAGUUCAACGUUCUUGGAAGUUGAAGAAAAGCCGUGCGUGGAAGAUGGAGCUUCGGUGCGGAAUAUGCAAACUUCCGUUCUGGAUCAAGAAGUUCGUUUGCCGUGUUUGGACGGUUACAGGAGGAACAUGCGAUUAGACGUGGGCUACCAGUGGAAACACUAUGGCAGAAUCAUAAGAACUUCUGAUCCCUGGAGCAGACACGCUACGGAUGAUGAUGGAACGCUGAUAAUCAGGAAUAUAACAAUGGACGAUGCCGGGCAUUACGAAUGUGAUAUGCAGUAUUCUCAGUCCGUUGCAACAGGAUCGAACCGGAAAUAUUGCCCGGAAAUUCAGCUUCCUCCCAGCAAAGGUCGUUGCGUCGCCAUGACGAUUGACUUGGUUGUCAAUGGUCCCCUGGGUCCCCCUGGUGGUGUUCGUGCUCAUUCCCUGGAUGCUAAUUCAGCCUGGUUGACGUGGGUGGAUGCAAACAUGGUGAAUGAUGAUGGCUUGAAUGUGCCAUUGGAAUACGUCGUGGAAGGCAAGACCAACUGGAAUGACGAAUGGAGAGAACUUCCUGUGCAUCCGUACGAUGAAGUCAGACAAAAUGAAACAUUGGCGUUGGACUGCAAAGAACCGCAGAGCAGUCGGGGAUCACGAGCCUACUGUGUCACAAAUUUGGCGCCGUGGUCGUCGUACGAAUUUAGAGUCCGAGCAGCGAAUCUAUUUGGCCCAGGUCUUCCUUCUGACUCAUCACCGACGUACAAAACAGAGGAAGAUGUUCCGUACACAGCACCCACAAACAUUAGUGGAGGUGGAGGAAAAACGGGAGAUCUCACUGUCACCUGGACGCCGCUUCCUGGAGAGGAACAAAAUGCCCCUGAUAUCUACUACAAGAUCUAUUGGAGACGUUUGGAAAUCGAUCAGGAGUACGAGUAUCAGUCGAAGGAACUGACUGAUCUGGGCAACAUUGGGAUGCACGUCAUUCUUAUUCCAAAGCAAUAUUAUUACAGCAAAUAUGGAGUCGUUUUACAGGCAAUUAACAGAGCAGGCCCUGGCGUUAAAUCCGAAGAAGCAGUCGUUUUCAGCGCGGAAGAUAUUCCUCAAGUUCCACCUACGGAAGUUGGUGCCAGAGCUCACAACUCUACUUCCAUUCGUGUCACGUGGCAGCCUGUCGAUGACACCAGAGAGAAUAUGAGAGGACAACUCACUGGCUAUCGAGUGAGUAUU